AUGGCGCCUCUCAUAGCUCCGUGGACGCUUCCGUAUUGCGCUCCGGAGUCAGACAAGUCAAGAUUAGAGCAGGAGCUUUUUAUCAAUGAACUGCAGCAAAACGAAGUUCGUUCAACCGGAUCCCCAUCAGAUCUUAUGGAGCUGGCUUCGAGCCAUCUGCAGUCACUCAUCAAACUAUUUGCUCUGGCAUGCAAGAGCGAAAGGGAUGGGCGAGCUGCUGAGUUGGCUAGUCUUGUAACUUCUGCAAAAGGCAUACAGAUGAUGUGCAACUAUGCUGCAAAACUUAGAAAAUCUACUCUAGCAGACAAGGUAGCCGCUGCGACGUGA